CUUGCCCCUUGCCAUCCCAUCACUGACUUGGGGCGGGAAUGUGGGGUACUGAGCCCCGCUAGGCGACCUGCUGCUGGUAGCUACCUGCUAGAGGCAGCUGAUUGACCAUCAAGGUGCAUCCACUAAUAAUACACAGGAAAUCUGUCGCUGCAUCCUCCGUUCCAGAUAUCAAGCCCAUCAGUUACCCAAACACCGCAACUCAUUCAUCAUGCCUUUACACCUCCUUGGCAAAAAGUCAUGGAACGUCUACAGCCCCGCGAACAUCGCCCGCGUGCGGCGCGACGAAGCCGAAGCGCAGGCCCGAGAGGAAGCCCAAGAGCGGCGAAUGCAGGAGAUUGAUGCGGCACGCCGGCUAGCCAUCCUGCGCGGCGAAAUCCCGCCUCCGCUCGAGGAUGCAGAGCCAGGUCCCCCGUCCCAGAGCCGAGACGGAGAGCGAGACCGACGCGGCGACGACUAUAGCGCCCUCGCGUCCGGGCGCAAGCGCAAGCGCCGCGGCGAGGACGACACCGACUUCGAGAUGCGCAUCGCACGCGAGCGGGCCGCCGCCGGGGACCGCGCAGCCCGCGCAGCCCGCGAGCUCGCCGCCCCCGCCUCGCUAAUCGACAGCAAAGGCCACCUUACACUCUUCGCGCCGCCGGAACCGUCCCCCCGCGGCGGCGGGAAGGACGACGAAGCGUCGCGCAGGGAGCGCGAGGACAAGGACCAGUACCAGAUGCGCUUCGUCAACGCCGCGGGCAGGGAUGGCCAGGGCCUGACGGACGGCGGGCCGUGGUAUGCUUCCCGGGCGGGGGUAUCCUCGGCCGCGCUGGCGCCGAGCAAGAACGUGUUCGGGCAGGAGGAUCCCCGGCGGAAAGAGAGAGCGGCGGCGAGGCUGGACGCGAGCGAUCCGCUUGCUAUUAUGAAGCAGGGGGCAAAAAUGGUGAGGGAGCUGGAGAAGGAACGGAGGAGAGAAGCGGAGGAGCGAGAGCGCGAGUUAAGAGAGUUGGAGAAGGAGGAACGGAGGCGGGAAAGGAAGAGGAGGAAAAGGGAGGAGGAGGGUGAGGAGGAGGGUAAGGAGGAGAGAUACGACGAGAAGACGAGGAGAAGGAGAAGGAGUAGAGAGCGAAGGCGUGACAGUCCAGACGGGGACAGCGAUCCCGCCAGGCGGGAGCGGUCACAUCGGCAUCGCGACGAUGGGCGUGGGGAACGGGAUCGAUAUCGCAGCCGCGAACGCGAGAGAACUAGCCGAAAUGAGAGAGACGGGUCUGACAGACGAAAGGACCCCCACCAAGAUUACCAGGACAGAGGCCGAGAUGGAAGCAGGGAGCGGCGUCGGCGGCCGGAAGAAGAUGACGGGCGUGAGUGGCCGCGUCGCGGAGACGGCGACCGAGCACGCCGGUCACACAGAAAAGAAGACUUAUAGCAGGGAGAUAGGCAGGCACAGGAGCGAGCUCAGCUGAAACGAAAGUACAACCCCCCCCCCCCGGGUUCAU